GAACUAACAGUAGAACCCGUAUGGGAUGAAUAUUUCGACAUUAUACUCAGUAAACUUUCUUCUAAACCUUCAAGUCAGGAUGUAAUUAAAUUGAAUUUGCAACCAUAUUCAAACCAUGAAGUAUACAACAACGACGGAGCACGCGUGAUUGAAACAUUAGAGGAAAAGCUAAAGAUUGUACAGCAACAAGCGUUUCCUUCAGACUGUGAAUUUCAAGACGAAGUUUUUUUACCUUGGUGGCACCUGGAGCCUAUCACUACCGACUUAACUAUACAUGACUACUCUCUUCACGAGGGUUCAAGUGGAAGUAACAAUCAACGAAUACUAACCCCUUCCCCUACGUACUAUGAUUUUCAUGCCAAUUAUGGCUUGAAUACAUAUAAUAUGCUAAAUCAACAUCGUUCAUUAGAACGAAAUCUAUUUGGUUAUUCAUCAAAACAUGAAACCAGUCAAACCUCACAGAGAGAUUCCAAGAUUUCAACAAUUCACCUAUACAACACGGUUGCAGACCAGGAAUCAGACAUAACUUUAAAUUUAGAGAGAACUCAAAAAUUAAAGCCUCAACCCGUAGAAACUUCUAUUGCAACGAAAGAGGUAUUCUCAAACUUUGUGCUGCAUAAAAGAAAACCGCUAGUUCCAGGAAAGCGCCUGAAAAGCAACAAAAUAAGUAGGAAGGAAGUGUUCAUUAGAGAUCUCUCCCGCUCACCUGACCGAAAUGAAGAAGAUGUUGUAGUAUAUAUUCACUAUAAACUAACUUCUUGGAUCCAUUUACACGAAGAAGAAAGGAUAAAAAAAGUUACCAAUCAAUUUUUAUAG